UCCCAUGGAUUGCUGAGUUUAAUGUAGCUUGUCUAAAGCAAGGGAGGCUUGAGGCGAGGGAGGUUUUUUUUCUGUUGAGUAAAUCAGAGGUUUCCCGUCGUGCCGUCGACAUGAUGGAUGCUGCCGAGUGCGGCGUUCGAGUGAUGUGCCGCUUCAGGCCGCUGAAUGAAGCGGAGCUUAGCAGAGGAGACAAAUACAUCCCCAAAUUCAACGGAGAGGACACCGUGGUGGUGACCGGGAAGCCCUAUGUGUUCGACCGUGUCCUGCCUCCCAACACAGACCAGGAACAGGUCUAUGAUGCCUGCGCCAAGCAGAUCGUCAAAGAUGUGCUGGGAGGAUACAACGGGACUAUAUUUGCCUAUGGCCAGACAUCAUCAGGGAAGACUCACACCAUGGAGGGUAAACUCCAUGACCCCCAGCUGAUGGGCAUCAUCCCUCGUAUUGCCAGGGAUAUCUUCGACCACAUCUACUCCAUGGAUGAGAACCUGGAGUUUCAUAUCAAGGUGUCUUAUUUUGAGAUCUAUUUAGAUAAAAUCCGAGACUUGCUGGAUGUGUCAAAGACCAACUUGGCUGUGCAUGAGGACAAAAACCGGGUUCCCUUUGUCAAGGGUUGUACAGAGCGCUUUGUAUCCAGUCCGGAGGAGGUGAUGGAUGUCAUUGAUGAGGGCAAGGCCAACCGUCAUGUUGCUGUCACAAACAUGAAUGAGCACAGCUCCCGCAGUCAUAGCAUCUUCCUGAUCAACAUCAAGCAGGAGAACAUGGAGACAGAGCUGAAACUGUCAGGGAAACUCUACCUGGUCGACCUGGCUGGAAGUGAGAAGGUCAGUAAGACUGGGGCAGAGGGAGCUGUGCUGGAUGAAGCCAAGAAUAUCAAUAAGUCUCUCUCUGCCCUUGGAAACGUCAUCUCUGCUCUUGCUGAAGGAACUAAAACACAUGUUCCCUACAGAGACAGCAAGAUGACCCGUAUCCUGCAAGACUCUCUGGGUGGAAACUGCCGUACCACCAUCAUCAUCUGCUGCUCCCCUUCUGUUUACAACGAAGCUGAAACCAAGUCCACCCUCAUGUUUGGACAGAGGGCUAAGACUAUCAAGAACACGGUGUCAGUGAACCUGGAGUUGACAGCCGAGGAGUGGAAGAAAAAGUAUGAGAAAGAGAAGGAGAAGACGAGGAGUCUGAAAAUCAUGAUCCAGAAACUCGAGAAUGAGCUGAAACGCUGGAGGAAAGGUGAGGCUGUUCCAGUGGAGGAGCAGUUGAGUAGCAAAGACAAGAAGACAAGUGGCAGUGAGGCCACACCUGUGAUUGACACUUUUGCUCUGCCUGCUGCCCCCCUGUCAGAUGAGGAAAAGACCCAGUAUGAAAACCUCAUUACUGAUCUUUACCAGCAGUUGGAUGACAAGGAUGAUGAGAUCAACCAGCACAGUCAGAUGGUUGAGAAGCUCAAGGAGCAGAUGAUUGAUCAAGAUGAGUUGUUGGCGUCUUCCCGUAAGGAUUAUGAGCGCCUCCAGGAGGAGCUGUCUCGCAUGCAGAGUGACAACGAAUCAGCCAAAGAGGAGGUGAAGGAGGUGCUGCAGGCCCUGGAGGAGCUGGCCGUCAACUAUGACCACAAGAGUCAAGAGGUGGAAAACAAGCACCGCAGCAAUGAGCAGCUCAGUGAGGAGCUGAGCCAGAGGACUAGCACUCUGGAGUGUGUGCAGAGGGAGCUGGCCACCCUGCAGGAGCUCAGCAGUCACCACAAGAAGAGAGCUACAGAGAUUAUGAGUCUGCUGCUCAGAGACCUCAGCGACAUCGGCAGCGUCCUUGGCACCACUGACCUCAAAGCAAUGACAGAGACGAGUGGCGUGAUGGAGGAGGAGUUCACCAUGAGCCGUCUCUACAUCAGUAAGAUGAAGUCAGAGGUCAAGUCUCUGGUGAAUCGCAGCAAACAGCUCGAGAGCAGCCUGACUGAAACCAGCAGCAAGAUGCAGGCCAACGAGAAGGAACUGGCCUCCUGUCAGCUGCUGAUCUCCCAGCUUCAGGCAAAAAUCAAGUCUCUGACAGACCACAUGCAGAGCAUCGAGCAGAAGAAGAGGCAGCUAGAGGAAAGUCAGGACACUCUGAUGGAGGAGGUGGCUAAACUACAGGCUCAAGGAAAAAUGCAUGAGGUGAGUGUGAUGGACAAAGAGAAGGAACACAUGAGUCGGCUAAAGGAUGCUGUGGAGAUGAAGAGAACCUUGGAGGAGCAGAUGGAGAACCACAGAGAGGUCCACCAGAAACAGCUGUCCCGCCUCAGAGAUGAGAUUGACCAAAAGCAGCGAGUCCUGGAUGAAGUUAAAGAUUUAAAUCAGGCUCUGCAGCUGGAGCAGAGGAAACUGCAGGCUGACUAUGACAAGUUGAAGGCGACAAAUCAAGAAAAGGACCAGGAACUCCAGAAACUUGUGCUCCUGAAUGAAAAGAGAGAGCAAGCCAAAGAGGACCUCAAAGGUUUGGAAGACACAGUGGCUAAAGAGCUGCAGAUGCUGUACAAUCUUCGCAAACUCUUCAUUCAAGACAUUGGCCUGCGGGUUCAGAAUAGUGCAGAAAAUGACAGUGACGAGGCCGGCGGCAGUCUGGCUCAGAGACAGAGGAUCACCUUCUUAGAGAAUAACCUGGAGCAGCUCACAAAGGUUCAUAAACAGUUGGUGAGGGACAAUGCAGAUCUGCGUUGUGAACUGCCCAAGCUGGAGAAGCGUCUGCGUGCCACAGCAGAGAGGGUCAAAGCCCUGGAAGCUGCCCUGAGAGAUGCCAAAGAAGCAGCCAUGAGGGACCGUAAACGCUACCAACAAGAGGUUGACCGCAUCAAAGAGGCUGUGCGCUCCAAGAGUGUGUCCAGGAGAGUGCACUCUGCACAAAUAGCUAAGCCUGUCCGGGCUGGUCAUCAGCACCAACAACACGCAUCUUCCUCUCCCUCGAGGAGGCCCACCAUCCGUGGAAGUGGGGGGGUGUCUAGCCCUCAUCACCCCCACCCCCGUCAGCAAUCCCAACAGCUGCAGCUGCCACAGCACCAUCAGCACCACAAGUAG